GCCAUUUUGUGUGGGAGACAAGAGGGGCAGCGGCCGGAAUUGGUGGAGCGGUUUGGGCUGUGCUUUGCGGGGGGGGGUGUCGGAGAGUGACGGCGGAGAAGCAGCGGGGUCCGUUCCUAAAGGCCCCUGUGUUUUUGUCUGUGCUUUUGGGCGAACGAGACGGACAGAAGUCGUGGGACUUCUCCUUUAGAGCUUCUGUGCCGAGAAUCCGAUGUUGGGCUCGGCUACCUGGCUGAAAACAGCAGAUCAGCCCAUGAAAACUUCUGUUCCUAGCCAAAGGAACGAGUCCAGCAAAAGGCAGCACCUACUCUUUCAGGCUUGGAAGCAAGAAAGGGGGCAAGAGUUGGAGAGUGUGGAAUCUGAGAAGACAACUGAAAGGUGACAUUUAAGUUGAAGAUGGGUGGUGGAGAAAGAUUCAACAUUCCAGCUCCCCAGUCUAGAAAUAUGACCAAGAACCAUCAACAACUUAAAAACAGGCAGAAGAAUAAAGACCAGAAUUCACAGAUGAAGACCUAUAUGAAGAAAGAAAGAGGACAUGGAUGCAACUCAUCAUCUGGUGCAUGGCAGGCCAUGCAAAAAGGGGGAAAGAACAAUGUUCAUUUCCCCAAUAAUCAAAAUUGGAGUCCUACUUUAUCGAAUCGCAACCUGUUUUUCACACCUCAAACCAAUCAGAACUAUGCUGGAGCAAAAUUCAGUGAGCCACCCUCACCAAGUGUUCUUCCUAAGCCACCAAGCCACUGGGUACCUGUUUCUUUUAAACCUUCUGAUAAAGAAAUAAUGACAUUUCAGCUUAAAACAUUACUUAAAGUCCAGGCUUGAGAUAUAACUUUUCACAUUUUGGAAGUUAUUUAAAUUUUACAGGGUUUCAAAUUUAAAAAUUGUUAUUCCUAACUCCAGAUGCACAGGUGUACAGAACUAGAUGUUCUUGCUGCAUGUAGUUAGUCACUUGGAAGAGAAGGGGCUGGAAGUUUACAUUCCCCUUGUAUUUUACCUCAAAACUUGUGUGCUGUGUUCACUUCACUGUGAAAUAGGUUAUUCCAUAGAAACAUGGAAUAAUUUGGGUUGGAAGGGACCUUAAAGAUCAUCAUGUUCCAACCCCCCUGCCAUUUUCUCUACAAUCAAUCUAGUGAAAUCCUCAGCAGUAACCAUUUAUUCUAUUUAUUGUAAAUGGGACUGUCUCUCAGAAUUGGAAUUGUGACUACUUUUUGCUGUGGUGUUAGAAAAACAGCUUUUGCCUAACUUAAUGCAGCAUUAACUGAAAAAAAAAAUGCACUGAAAGCUUUAGUCUUGUACUUUGCUGCCUUUCAAACUUGUGUUAAAUAAAAACUGCAGAGCAGAUUUGCUGAGCAGACCUCCACCUGGCUACUAGGUAAACCGCAGAGAUUAUUCUCCUGGGAGCUUGACUUGGCGUGCUUGAAUCAGUAGAGAAGCAUUUCAAGCCUGUGACAAAAAGUUAGAUCUAGGAAACAUCUUGGUGCGCAUUCUUGAACUGCCGCUCUCCAGCUCUAGCGAUUUUCCAUGGGAAUCCCGAGUCAGACUGUGCCAACUGACAUUGCCAGAUGACUGCCAAAAAAGUAAAAAACCCCUUUGCAUACCAAUUGCACUGCAAUUCUAAAAUACAUUUUUAUAUCAGUUUUUAAAAUUGUGGAAAAGGUGUCGUAGUUACUUAGGCUGGUCUUAAAUUGGUUACCCUGUAAUAAUUGUUCUAAGUUACCAUAGCUUGUGGCAGGUAUUGAAAUGUUUUCAUAGGGAAGACAGAGCCAUGUAAAUAAGUGUAAAACUUUGUAGCAUAUGUAAAUUUAUGCUGGGCUUUCCUGCACAGAAGUAUUUUUUAGUACAAAACUGCUGAAUGUAUGAUGACCAUGUUGAGUACAUGGCCCGACUUAAAAAAAAGAUAUUUUGUUUAAAAAAAAAAAAUAAAUUGUGGCUGUGCCCUUGCACUUAACGUACAGUUAAUAUGCACAUUAUACUUGGUUGUGAGCUCAUUUUUAAAGUAAACUCAGUGCAAAAGAGGCUUAUUUAGAAUUUUUUAAUAAAAUUUAAAAAAAUAAUAAAAAAAAAGCUGCUCAAGUUGAAGAUACUCAUGAUCUGAAUGUAUAGGAGAGGUGCGUAAUAAAUGAUGAAAAAAGUACUUAAGGUGUUUAAAAUCAAAUCGGAUGUUUCACAAAAAAUGCCAAUGGCUUGAGUUUGGGUGCUUGAUGAAGUGUAAGUAUUUGUUUCUAAAAUGAAUCAAUGCUACAUCAUUUUGUCCCAAUAGUUGCUAAAAUACAAAAUAAAAUACAAAAUCGGGGCAGUUGCCAGGUGCAGCUUUCAGCGCUGUCACGGUUCAGUUGAUCCUGUAGUGGAAACAACUGAACUGUGAUAACAGAAUCCACAGUUAUUUAAAAAUACAGUAAUUAUUUAAAAAGUGCUUUAAUUUGAAAAGGAGUUUUGCAGAUGGUGAGAUGUUGUGUAAGAUGUCUUUCUGUACAUUCAAAAUGCAUUGGCAGCUGGUUGAAUGUUUACAAAUCCAAAUAAGGUGGAAUUGGCAGUCUUUAAACUUAAUGACUUUGUGCCCUGGACCUUCACCAGUGAAUGAGCUGUUAUCCCAGUUACAAUUGUGUGCGCUCGACUUCAAAUUGUCUAUUACUGUGUGUGUACAAAUUGGAAACAACAAAAAUUUAAAUAAACUAAACUUUUCACCCCCUAAAAGCAUCUAUUUAUUUUAAGACGGUAAUGGAAAAGUGGGAUUUUUUUUGGCAGUUCAGUGUUCUAUACUUCAGAAAACCGAUUAAUGUAUUUAAAUGCCCUCUUUCAUAUCCUUAACUGGCACAAAACUCUUCACAAUUAUCUUUAUCUGGUAUG